CAGACAUCUCCAAACCUCGCGAGGUUUGAAGUUGGACGCGCCGAGCGCACUGCGCGCAAGAGGUGGAUCAGACGCCGGCAGUAAACCGCGAAAACCUAAAACACAUCUCCUGGAAGAAGAGACAGGGAAUCACCAUCUGACAGGCCUUGAAGAUAUCAUAAUGGGCAUUGACAUCAAAACUACUUUGCAAAUUCUGGCUCUGUUGUUCUUACAACUGGCAGCAGGGCAAGAUGAACUGAUCGUCUCCACUGACAAAGGCAAAGUCAGAGGACUAAGGCUUCCUUUGCCGGGUGGUUCGGAGUAUGUGGCGGCCUUCCUUGGGAUCCCCUAUGCAAAGCCUCCAUUGGACCAGCUUCGCUUCAGACAACCAGAGCCUGCUGAGGCAUGGAACGGUAUACGAGAUGCCACUCGGUACUCCAAUUCAUGCUUUCAGGAUCCAGAUACAUUGUACUCAGGAUUCCCUGGAGCUGAGAUGUGGAAUCCCAACACCAGAAUUAGCGAAGACUGCCUGUACCUCAAUGUUUGGACUCCUUCAACUGACCUUCAGAACCGAGCCAAACCCUUAGCCCCAGUAAUGGUGUGGAUCUAUGGUGGAGGCUUUUCCACAGGUACAGCAUCCCUGGACGUGUACGAUGGCCGUUUCCUCAGCCAUUCGCAACAAGUGGUGGUGUUGUCCAUGAACUACAGAGUAGGAGCAUUGGGCUUCCUUUCUCUACCAGAAAGUGAGCGCUUUAAAGGUAAUGCUGGUCUAUUUGACCAGCGCCUGGCUCUCAGCUGGGUGUCAAGGAACAUUGCCGCAUUUGGGGGUGAUCCAUCUUCUGUAACCUUGUUUGGGGAGAGUGCUGGUGCUGGCUCUGUGGGACACCAUUUGCUUUCACAAGGCAGCCAUGGACUAUUCACCCGCGCAAUUCUCCAGAGUGGUAGUCCCAAUGCUGUGUGGGCGGCAGUGGAGCCAGCUCAGGCCUGGAAUCGUUCCUUGGCUCUGGCUCGGCUUCUGAACUGACCGCUUGGACCAUCUGCUGAUGAAUUGGAGGCUUGCUUAAGGGCAGUUGAACCUGAGAAGAUAGUCAGUCUUCAAUUUGAAGUCAUUCCUGAUCCCGAGAUAAUAAGUGUCCCUUUUCCACCAACAGUGGAUGGAGAAUUUCUCGUAGACAUGCCAAGUGUCUUAAUACAGUCGGGGCAUUUUCUAAAAACAGAACUUUUUUUGGGAUUGAACAGGGAUGAAGGGACAUACUUCCUUGUUUAUGGUGCACCUGGAUUUGGCAUCCAUAACCAGAGUCUUAUCAAUCGAGACCAGUUCCUCGCAGGUGUAUCCUUGGGCCUCCCUGGUUUUAGUGACAUAGCCAGAGAGGCGGCUGUACUUCAGUAUACUGAUUGGACAGAUGAGCAGAGCAAGCCAAAAAACAGAGAGGCCCUAGGCUGGUUGAUAGGCGACCGCUAUUUCUCAUGCCCCUUACUGGAUUUUGCCCGUAGAUAUGUUGAGAGUGGUUGUGUUGAGAAUUUUUUCAUUUUUAAUUUUUUCUUCUUUUUCAAUCGCUGGAGUUUGUGGAUGUGUGUUGUGUGGGUGGAUGAGAUCCCGUUUGUUUUUGGGAUUCCUUUGAACCAGGUCUUUGGAUUCUCAAAGGAGGAGGAAUCCCUGAGCAGGAGGAUCAUGGAGCACUGGAGCAACUUUGCUAGAAGUGGGGAUCCGAGUGUGGAGGGAGCGGAUUGGCCGCCAUUCACGCUGGAACAUCAGCAGUAUGUCACGCUUAACACUGGCCUGUCACAAACACUCCGGAUGCUUCGAGCCAAGCAGUGCAAGUUCUGGGACAGUUUCCUGCCAAAACUGCAGUAUGUCACAGUGAGUAUUGAUGAAGUGGAGUUUCAGUGGAAGUCUCAGUUUUUCUCAUUCCACCGCUGGAUUUUUGACUGGAAGAAUCAAUUUAACGACUAUGCCUCAGUCAAAAAGCAACAGUGUGAAGACCUUUAAUGUCUGACCACAUUUCCCCAAAAACAGCCCAUGCAGUGCACUUAACUACUUCACAAAGCUUCAGAAAGCCAGAGCCCAUACAUAUGGACGGAGAAAAGCUUCUGUGGUUUCUAUAUCUUCACAGCAUGGUGCCUUUUUGCUUCCUCUGGGCCUUGUCUUGAAGAGAAUUGCUUUUUUGGGAACUCAAAAAAGGGUCCAUAUUGAGAUACUUUGGUAAGCUUGUUUAAGUUAUACAAGAAAAUGUCUAAGCCACUCUGGGUAUGAAUAAAUAAAUAGUUUUUGUUUUAGGACCAUUAAUAUUUAAAAAUCCAUUGCAACAUUAUUUUUUUCAACCUAAAAUGUAAUUAUUUAUUUUUUAUUUUUUAGUAAUUAUACAGCAUGAUAGUAUUUGUUCUACAGCCUUUCAUUUGUGCUGGAUUUUAAUUAUUUAUAUCACACCGAUGUGUUUUUGGUGAGAUUCACCUCUUAAUGGCCAAGAAAAUGAACUUUUGUUUGAUUGAUUUGGUUUGGUAAUGUGUGACUGUUGAGUUUCACACUUUUAAACAGUGCUAUUUAUGCAAUCUGAUUAUGUUUAAUGUUGAAAAUUUUUUCAUGAUUUGCUUGAGGCUUGUUCCUUGUUUUAUCAAAACAGUAAUUUUUAAUACUUUCCAUUCUAAUUAACGUAUUUGAGAGAAUAUAUAGAAUUAAAUAUGAAUGAAAGUGGAAAUUCUGCAUUUUAUGAUGAAAUUCAGGAAUAAUGGAGUAUUUUUAACACAAAGCUUCCUUCAAACUAAUAAACCGCAGUGUUUACAUGGCACAUUUGUGGUGCUUUAAAUAAGUACUUCUGUAAUGGAAAUGAAGAUGAAUAUUAUUGUUGCAGCAGCAGGAUGCUAAUAUUACACAAUUAGUCACUGUAAUAACUUUGUCUGUGCUGGAUUUUAUGUAACUUUGUCUGUCUUUCUUUUUUUUUUUU